CUGAGCAAAUGUAGCUUAAGUCAAAUGGCAAUUUGAAACACAGGGGUCAGAGUAAUAUUGCUGGCGCAUUGAUAUAAUGCUAAAUAAAUGUUGCCAUCACCCCAGUUACUCAAGUCAGGUCAUAGACCUCAACUCCAAGUAGGAACCACCAAAACAAUACAGAGGACACAAGUAUUACAGUUAAUGUUUAAUUGAGCCAAAACAAGCAAAUGCAGUUACAGACUGGACUAGAGUACCCAUGAACUCUUGCAUGUCCCACGUCAGAUAUCCAUGUCGUCGCCGGACGGGCCGGUCGCAGCUUCAGAGGUGGCGUCGUCAGAGGACGGGCCGGUCGCAGCUUCAGAGGUGGCGUCGUCAGAGGACGGGCCGGUCGCAGCUUCAGAGGUGGCGUCGUCAGAGGACGGGCCGGUCGCAGCUUCAGAGGUGGCGUCGUCAGAGGACGGGCCGGUCGCAGCUUCAGAGGUGGCGUCGUCAGAGGACGGGCCGGUCGCAGCUUCAGAGGUGGCGUCGUCAGAGGACGGGCCGGUCGCAGCUUCAGAGGUGGCGUCGUCAGAGGACGGGCCGGUCGCAGCUUCAGAGGUGGCGUCGUCAGAGGACGGGCCGGUCGCAGCUUCAGAGGUGGCGUCGUCAGAGGACGGGCCGGUCGCAGCUUCAGAGGUGGCGUCGUCAGAGGACGGGCCGGUCGCAGCUUCAGAGGUGGCGUCGUCAGAGGACGGGCCGGUCGCAGCUUCAGAGGUGGCGUCGUCAGAGGACGGGCCGGUCGCAGCUUCAGAGGUGGCGUCGUCAGAGGACGGGCCGGUCGCAGCUUCAGAGGUGGCGUCGUCAGAGGACGGGCCGGUCGCAGCUUCAGAGGUGGCGUCGUCAGAGGACGGGCCGGUCGCAGCUUCAGAGGUGGCGUCGUCAGAGGACGGGCCGGUCGCAGCUUCAGAGGUGGCGUCGUCAGAGGACGGGCCGGUCGCAGCUUCAGAGGUGGCGUCGUCAGAGGACGGGCCGGUCGCAGCUUCAGAGGUGGCGUCGUCAGAGGACGGGCCGGUCGCAGCUUCAGAGGUGGCGUCGUCAGAGGACGGGCCGGUCGCAGCUUCAGAGGUGGCGUCGUCAGAGGACGGGCCGGUCGCAGCUUCAGAGGUGGCGUCGCCAGAGGACGGGCCGGUCGCAGCUUCAGAGGUGGCGUCGCCAGAGGACGGGCCGGUCGCAGCUUCAGAGGUGGCGUCGCCAGAGGACGGGCCGGUCGCAGCUUCAGAGGUGGCGUCGCCAGAGGACGGGCCGGUCGCAGCUUCAGAGGUGGCGUCGUCAGAGGACGGGCCGGUCGCAGCUUCAGAGGUGGCGUCGCCAGAGGACGGGCCGGUCGCAGCUUCAGAGGUGGAGUCGUCAGAGGACGGGCCGGUCGCAGCUUCAGAGGUGGCGUCGUCAGAGGACGGGCCGGUCGCAGCUUCAGAGGUGGCGUCGUCAGAGGACGGGCCGGUCGCAGCUUCAGAGGUGGCGUCGUCAGAGGACGGGCCGGUCGCAGCUUCAGAGGUGGGCGUCGUCAGAGGACGCGCCGGUCGCAGCUUCAGAGGUGGCGUCGUCAGAGGACGGGCCGGUCGCAGCUUCAGAGGUGGCGUCGUCAGAGGACGGGCCGGUCGCAGCUUCAGGCGUCGUCGUCGUCAGAGGACGGGCCGGUCGCAGCUUCAGAGGUCAGAGGACAGGCCGGUCGUCAGAGGACGGGGCGGUCGCAGCUUCAGAGGUGGC